UACUCUGGUGACUUCACGGCUUGUUAUGAAGUCCUGUCAGACCAGUAAACGGAGCUGGACGCAAAUGGCUAAAGUGGAGCUGACUCCGCUCAGAUCCUGGAGCGACUUCUUCCCCGGCUCGGAGAGAUUCUCCAAACCGGACGACAAAGAUCCGGCGAGAUGGAACAACAGGGUGGUCAGCAACCUGCUUUAUUAUCAAACCAACUACAUCGCUAUAGAGCUCCUGCGGUCACGUGACUUUUGGUGCCUGAACCCUGAGGGGAUGUUCGCAGCCUUGGCUCUGGUGUCGGCCGUCUUCCUGGGCUCGGUGUGGGCCGCAGAGAACCAAGAUGCCAUGAGCAGCUUCAAGAGAGUCAACCCCGUGGCGUUCGGGAUCGGCCUCGCGGUCACCAGCUACAUCUUAAUCUGCAUGCUGGGGAGCGUCAUAUGGUUCCUGUCUGCAAUCAUUCUCCCCCUGGCUCUGAUACUCGCACAUGCAUCCUAUCGCCUCCGCAACAUGAAGAAUAAGGUGGAGAAUAAGAUAGAGGCCGUCGGGCUGAAGCGGUCACCCAUGGGUAUUUUUCUGCAGGCUCUGGGUGAGCAAGAGGAGAAGCUUAUAAAGAUCCAGAACUACCUGGAGGAGAAACUGAAGGAUUGAUGGGACUGUAUGCACACCUGGCCAAAGAUUGUCACUUUUUCUGUGAAUGUCUAAACCCUUUUUAAAGCCUGUUUCCUAUACAGGGUGUUGUGCUUUUUAAAAGAAAGCUUGUAAUCUGAAGGGCUUUAUCUUUACCUCAAGGAAUCUCUCACUCCACCCACAACUUGUCGGGGCACUUUUACUUCAUGCACUUCACUCCUCUGCUAUGCAAUGUGUUCCUGCUCACAGCUGCAGACUCCUGCCGACGUCAGAAAUCAGUUUUAUGAGUCUCAGAAACGGGUUACGCUCAGCUAAAGUCGUGAAAGCAAUGUGUCGUCGUGUGACAAACACUUAAAGAGGGCACACUCGACACACAUCACUGCCAGGGUAUUUUGAAGGCUUGAAGUUUUGGGAUAAUGUUUACUUACAUGAAAAGAAUAUUAACAGUGCUGGAGGAAGUAUUCAGAUCAUUCACUCAAAAAAAAGUACUUAUGUUACUCUUUGAAAAUGUGAAAAUCUGUAAGUAUCAGUUAAAGAACCAAAUGUGAAAUGUCUCAAUGCAGAAACAUGUCUACUGUGAGUUUAUACUUCCAAUGAGAGAAUAUGUGCAAUACACCAUAAUAUAUUAUAACCCAAUAAAGUUAAAGCAGAGCUCAUUUUCAUAUAAGACUGCUGGUUUUCAUUUUGGAUUGCUCAUUGAACUGUGUGAUUUGUAAAACUUCACAAUUGAAGAGGUCCUUUUAUGCUUUUGGGGGUUUUCAUAAUAGAGGCACAAACCUGAAAAUGAGCAUAAUGGGGCCCCUUUUUAAUACAAAAAAGCUGCAAAAUUGUCUCUUUUAUGAAGCUGAAACCAUGAAAUGUUGGGCAUUUUUGCAUGAAAUAUGAAUGCAAUCAUAUUGAAUGAGGGGAGGAUUCAUUUUGAAUUGAUUCAUCUUUUAAAAUCCAACAUAAACUGUGUUUUUGCACAAUGCAUUGUAUUUUAAAAGUGUUUCAUAUGUUUUCUAUGCAAUAUCUUUCUUUAAUGUAAUGCACCUGAGGGAGAAAGUAUACCAAUACUCAAGUGAAGUACUUAAGUAUAGUAAAUGUUGUUACCUUAAAUCCUACACUGUGCUAUAAACCUUUCCAACUUCAUGUUCAUGCUUUUAAAAAAGAAACCUUUGUGUUGAGCUAUGAAAUACAUACUUCUACAAACACUGA